CUCGCUGCUGGAAGAGCCCACAGCCUGCAUCAACAACCAGUAUUUUUUUGACAUCUCCAACUCCCGUCCGUGUCCCAGUGCAUCACCCUUAUUAUCAAUAACCUCAACAAAUUCCCCAGGUGAAGUGAAUAUUUAUGUGACGUGAUGAUGCACCCGAGUCGCCGAAAGAAAAAGCGCAUUAAUUACGGAGUCCGGGCCGUGGAACUAGUAAGAGGCACGAAGGGUUACGGCUUCACCAUAUCCGGACAGCAGCCCUGCAUUCUUUCGUGCAUCGUCUCCGGGUCGCCUGCCGAGCAAUCUGGCCUCAGAGCCGGGGAUUACUUGGUGGCUGUGAACGGGUACAGUGUCGCCAAGUCUCCCCACGACGAUGUGGUCAAGCUAAUUGGAAACUCCAAGGGCGUCCUGAGGCUACAGAUAGCUGAGAAUUAUUACUCGGACUCCUCUGAUGAAGAGGGACACUUGGCUGCUCGCACCAAGCCUAAGUACUCUCACAGGUCUCGCAGUAGUCAUCAGAUCAAUAGUUCACUUUCUCAAAACGGGGACAAAUUCAAAUGUACCGUCGAAAAGGUAGUAAACGACCUCAAAACCGGCGCGAUGUUCGACUCGCAGUCCUCAACAACCCGCCAUCCACCACCACCACCCCCCAAGAUGCAGUGCAGUCAAACCGGCAGCCACCGCCACCUAAACCUAACCUGCAGCUCAAGCUUCGACAACCUGAGCGACAAUCCUAGCACCCAGGAACUCUUUUCUGUCGGAACAGCCUGCUCAUUAUUAGCUCCACCGCCUAAGAAGCGCGAGACCGAGAAGAUAGUCCACCGAACAGUAGUGGGCUACCUUGGGACCAUCGACAUCCCCAACCAAUUGCAUCCAAGCAUGAUGAUGCAGGUAUUAAAGAAGUGUAUUAAGAGGUUGAAGCAGGAGAAGCGGAAUCCAACGACAGUUCUCCUGACCAUCCACGUGACCAACAUAAAAUUGACUAAUGCUGACAAUCAAGUAAUCGCUGAGUAUCCUUCUUACAGAAUUAUUUUUUGUAAUGCUUUUUCGGAGAGUGAUAAGCAAUUCUUCGGAAUUUUGACCAAGUCUGCUGGAGAAAACGACGGAAUUGUUUCUAAUUCCUGCCACGUGUUCAUGAUCUUCAACAGGUUGAUUGAACAUUCAUUACACGUCAGUACAUCAAGUGCAUUUGGGUUCGUUUGCACUCGGACGACUGACUCUAAUGUCUGCCAGGAGUUUCCUGACAGUUGUAUGGGCCUUAUAGGCGCGAUUCAGACCCUUUACAUCGUCGACGGCGAGGAGAACUACGCGGAGAAUAUCAGGAGGCAAAUGGAGGCUGUGAGUCCUCAACCGAGCAACCUAAGCAGCUCCACGGCUCACUCUAGUAACAGUGACUCGGGAAUUGGGUUCCGUGAUGACUACGGCCAGGAAGUCUUUAGACAACCUUUCCCUGUUAGGAACAGGGAUGAGGAUCCCUGGGUCAGAAGAAGGGAUCAGCUAAUUGAUGACAAGGCCCAGCUGGUUGCUGAUGAUGGUUGUUGUAGCAGAGAGGGGGGUGGUAAUGUUGGAGGGGACGACAGCUGCCAAGUAACAUCUGCUGGGCCAGUUGCCGCUUGGUCUCUGCCUAGGAAAGUUGAGAAAGGGAUGGAGGGCAAGGAUUGUGUUAAGAGUUCCAGGAGUGAAAUGUGCUGCAAGUUGAGUCCCAAGGUGUUCAAUGUUGCUAAAUCUAUGGUUCAUAGCUUGGAGAAUCUUAAGGGUGAUGAUCAACAGUUUACGAAACUGCUGAAUUCUUUCGCUGGGAAGAGUUAUGAGGCGAGGCAGUGGACCAGUUUGCAGGAGAUUAGGAAUUUUGAUGAGUUUCAGGAGGAAUUGCAAUAUGGAAGUACCGAUUCAUGUGAUAAAGAAGAUAAUAAUUAUGGAGUGCAUACUUGGGCUUCAGGAUUUGAAAAAUUAUUAAAAGAUCCCGUUGGUCUACAAACAUUUGCCGAAUUUUUGAAGAAAGAAUUUAGCCAUGAAAAUAUUUACUUCUGGGCAGCUUGCGAGAGGUACAAAAAUACCGAGGACACGUCAAAUAGACGUACACUAGCUUGGAAAAUCUAUGAACGUCAUCUGUCAGCGACUGCUGGUGAGCCAGUAAAUGUUGACAGUCAUGCGGCUGGACAAAUUACGCAAGAAUUAAUCAAUUAUGCUCCUGCUGAUCUUUUUCUGCAGGCGCAAAAACAAGUAUUCAAUUUAAUGAAAUUCGAUUCAUACCCACGAUUCCUGCGAUCUGAUUUAUAUCGUAAUUGUUUAGAGACUGGAAGUAGCGUUGUAAGUACCGAAGACUGUGAUUUAUCUCUCACCAAUUCCCCGAGUGUAAAAUUAAAAAAAAGCCACUCGGAUGCGGAGGACAGACGUAGGAAGUCUAUUUUACCUUGGAAUCGAAAAAACAGGUCCAAAUCAAAAGACAGGGGCGAAAGCGAGUACAACAAAAUACCAACCCGCGUCGAGCCAAUGUACAAAAGUUUUUCUUCAAUGAAACGCGACGAGAGCUCCAAUCAUAAUAUCAAUAAUAAUAACAACAAUAAUAAUAUUAACAAUAAUGAAGACAAUAUAUCGAUUUCCAGCAGUCGAUCUUCAUUAGCGUCUUGGGACCUGGCGCUACGACAAUCUUUCAGCAAACAUUCCGUUGCGUCAUACGAUGGCCAGAACGAUAAAAAAGAGGCCCAUAGCAAGUGCACGGGACUGUGUCGUGUGAUUUUACCUGAUGGAUCUACAACAGUAGUCCCUACAAGUCAAACCGAGACUAUUAAAGAUGUGAUAACACGUCUGCUAGACAAGCGAGCCUUGAAAUAUCUCAAUUACGAUGUUCUCAUACUUGCCACGGACGAGCUGAUGAAUCUCAAGUACUCGUCAUCGGUGUUAGCAGGCCAAGAAGUCGAAGUAGUACCUGCAAAAGUAUUAAAAGUAGAUUUACCGUCUCGGCGAAUAAUCACAGUGGUUGCGCACAAAGGACGAACUCUCAGAGAAGUACUGAGGCCAUUGUUGAACAAGUAUGGGUUCAAGUUGGAGUUAAUAACGAUCUGGGGUGACGGUCACCCGAUAUCGCUGGAAAUUCCAGCAAUUAAUGCUCCAGCGAGGCUAGUUCUUACGUCUAACAAUGAAGAUUUUCAACGAGACGCUUUAAAAUGUCAAGAAAAUAUUCCUCAAGGACAAACAACGUUGGAUGAAAUUACAAAUAAAGUAUUUGAAGAAUUAUUAGUUGGAAAAAGUGCUAAUAAAUAUCAAAGCGAAGGUUCCUGUAAAUCAGAGGACCAAAGAUCGGAAAGUUCGUCAAUUUUAUCGAAUAAAUUUUUCUCCCGAGACUUGGCGCUGUCGGGGAAGAAAAAGUCUAAGUCUAAAAGCAGCAAUCUGAGCGAAAAAAGUCAUUCUGAUUGCGCUGAAGAAAUGACACAGACUACGAGGUCACAUGCUCCUUUGAUUGCUAAGUGGCGGAAUGGUGUUAAGUUACAAUUACCUGGACGAUUUGAUGGUGAUGAAUUAUACGAGGGAUUGAAAAGAGCUCAAAGAUCACGUUUAGAGGAUCAAAGAGGAACGGAGAUAAAUUUUGAACUUCCUGACUUUUUAAAGGAUAAAGAAAACAGUAAAAGCAAAGAUGACAAAAAAUUACGACGUGCUAGAUUGACAGUAUCAGCAAAUUGCGAAAAUUCAAGUUCAAAAUUCUUUAACGACGUUUCGAUACCUGAAAAGACUCAACACCCACCAUCAAAUUUCAUCGACAGCUCGAUAGCAAAUCGAGUGAUGAUAAAUGAGUCUCGCAAUCAACCAUCAGUUCCACCACAGGAACAAUUUCAAUCAACAAUCUCAACGAACAAAUCCAGCUUAGACAGUUCGUUGAACCUGGACGUGACUUUGGAAGAUGCUGACAAAACAAUCAUCGACAAAAGUAUCGAACUAUCUUCUAUCGCUAACACGUCGAUGUCCCCUAUGUCCACGUCGACCUCGACAUCUUCUUUGGGAGUGAUGGAUUCUCCGUCUACGUCUCCGACGAAGCUGUCCAGGCCGCCUCCGUUGCCUCCGAAGCCUAAAGGAUUAUUGACUAGUGUUAAGACUAAUCAAUUGUUGUCGAAAAAUAAUUCAAGGUCCACGAUUAUCAGUGAUUCUUGUGAGAACAAAAAUGUUUUUUAGUUUUUUGAGGAAAAAAGUGUAAUGAGGCUUUAAAAAAAUUAAAUUUUAUUUUUUUUUUUUAAAUUAAAUUCAG